AUGAGUACCAUUGGUGUUACUAAUAACUCAAUUCUGCAAAAACUGAAACUCAAGAAUCCCAAACUCGUGCUACUAUCACAAUGCUCCAAUAUUCACGACCUCAAAAUAAUCCAUGCCCAUAUGCUAAGAACCCAUCUUUUCUUCGACGUUUUUGCAUCAAGUCGCAUCAUUGCUUUCUGCAUAGACCACACUGCAAAAUUUCUAACUUAUGCUAUCAAAGUUUUCUCUCAAAUUCACAAUCCAAAUCUCUUCAUUUUCAAUGCAUUGAUCCGCGGUUGUUCCAUUAGCCAAAACCCUGAAAACUCCUUUCACUAUUACAUUCAAUCACAACGCAUUGGUCUCUUACCUGAUAACAUCACACACCCUUUUUUGGCUAAAGCAUGUGCUCAACUUGAGUCUUUAACAAUGGGUACACAAGUUCAUGGUCAAAUAAUUAAACAUGGUUUUCAAUGUGAUUUCUAUGUUCAACAUUCUCUUGUUUAUAUGUAUGCUUCUCUGUGUGAUUUAAAGUCUGCAAGAUGUGUUUUUAAGAGGAUGGGUCGAUUUGAUGUUGCUUCAUGGACUUGUAUGAUUAAGGGCUAUAGUAAAUGUGGUGAUGUUGAGUCUGCACGUGAACUGUUUGAUAGAAUGCCUGAGAAGAAUUUGGUGACUUGGAGUACUAUCAUUAGUGGUUAUUCGCGGAACGGACGUUUUGAUAGAGCGGUUGAAAUGUUUGAGAUUCUUCAGGCUGAAGGGGUGGUGGCUAAUGAGGUUGUUAUGGUUGGUGUGAUAUCUGCUUGUGCUCAUUUGGGUGCUCUUGCAAUUGGGGAGAAAGCUCAUGAGUAUGUGAUGAGAAAUGGUUUGGAUUUGAAUGUGAUUCUUGGGACGGCUGUUGUUGAUAUGUAUGCAAGAUGUGGGAAUGUUGAGAAAGCUAUUUGGGUUUUUGAGGAAAUGGAAGAGAAGGAUGUACUUUGUUGGACAGGUUUGAUUUCUGGAUUAGCCAUGCAUGGUUAUGCAGAGAAAGCGCUAAAGUAUUUUUAUGUAAUGGUGAAAACUGGGAUAGUUCCUAGAGAUAUUACAUUUACUGCAGUGUUGAAAGCUUGUAGUCAUGGAGGGUUGGUAGAAAAGGGUCUAGAAGUAUUUGAAAGCAUGAAAAGAGAUCACGGGGUAGAGCCGAGAUUGGAGCAUUAUGGAUGUAUGGUUGAUCUUCUUGGAAGGGCGGGGAAGUUGGAAGAGGCUGAGAAUUUUAUUCAUGAAAUGCCUGUGAAGCCAAAUGCUCCAAUAUGGGGAGCAUUGCUAGGAGCUUGCAGGAUUCAUAGAAAUGUCGAAGUUGGAGAAAGGGUGGGAAAGAUUUUGAUCGAGAUGAAACCAGAACACAGUGGUUAUUAUGUAUUGCUAUCGAACAUAUAUGCACGCACAAACAAGUGGAAAGAUGUUACUGUCAUGAGAAGAUUGAUGAAGGAAAAAGGAGUUAGAAAACCACCUGGAUAUAGUCUCAUUGAGAUAGAUGGAAAAAUUCAUGAGUUUACAAUUGGAGAUAAAUCACAUCCAGAUAUAGAAAAAAUUGAAAGGAUGUGGGAAGAUAUACUGCAAAAAAUAAAGUUAGCAGGAUACAUAGGAAAUACUGGUGAGGCAUUGUUUGACAUAGAUGAAGAGGAGAAAGAAGAUUCACUUCACAGGCAUAGUGAGAAACUGGCAAUUGCUUACGGAAUUAUGAAGAUUCGAGCUCCAACGCCUAUUCGGAUUGUAAAAAACUUGCGAGUCUGCGAAGAUUGUCACACGGCUACGAAGCUAAUCUCGAAGGUUUUCAAUGUAGAGUUAAUUGUUAGAGAUAGAAAUAGGUUCCAUCAUUUUACAAAAGGUGUAUGUUCUUGUAUGGAUUACUGGUAA